AAUAGACAUUUCUGAGACAGAUGUUUACAAAGUGUUAGACACAGUCAAAGAUAUUGGUAGGACAAAAGUAUGCAGUCGACGCCGUGAUCACAGUGGACAACAAGAUUUUGUGUUAGUUGAAACUUCUGUUCAGCUAUCUGAAAUUACUGUUCCAGCUACAGUAGGAAUAGUGGAUGAAAUGGGUCCAUGGCCUGUACACAUAGUCAGUGAAUUACCUCCGGCUCCAUCACCUAAAAGAGAUGACUUCCAAACUAAGUUGCUUUCUUUUCUUCAACAAGAGGGAAAAUCUUUAGCUGACAUCCAUAAUAUAGCUCCCCCAACGCCCACAGUUAAUGCAGAGUUAGUUAAAGCUAUUAACUCACUAGUGCAAAAAUGUAACAUUGUUUCACCAGUAGAAACUCAGAGUUAUAGGAAGCUGCGCACAUUCUCAGGAUUGACACCUGCACCUAGUGGUGAAGAUGAGUAUGACGUGUGGGCCGAACAUGUUUCUCAUAUCUUGGAAGAAUGGCAAUGUUCUGACUCUUUGAAGAAACAGAAACUAGUGGAAUGUCUUAGGGGGACAGCCUCUGAUAUUGUGAGGUUUGUCAAGAUUGAAAAUCCUUCAGCUACAUCUGGUGACUACCUCAGUGCUCUAGAAACUGCAUUUGGAAAUACAGAAAGCGCAUCUGAUUUGCUGGUGAGGUACAAAAGCACUUUUCAAGAAGAGGGGGAAAAACUCUCUGCAUACAUAUUGAAACUGGACAAAUUGCUGCAUGUGGUGCUUCGAAAAAAAGGCAUUGACUAUUCUGAUAUGAAUCGUCUCCGAAUUCAACAAAUCAUCCGAGGAGCGCUUCCCACUGACAUGGUCGCACUUCGCCUAAGGAUGACCCACAAGUUGCGAGAGCCGCCUUCUUUUGCUGAGCUUUUGAAAGAGGUACGGGAAGAGGAGAAUAUGGUUUACAACCGAAACACAGCCAAAGCCACAGUGGCCUUGUCUGCGGUGGCCUCUACCACAACCUCAUCUAAUGAAACUGAAAUUGAGGUACUCAAGAAAGAAAUUAUGGGAUUGAAAAGUGCAGUAACUCAGUUGUCGUCAGCGGCUGUCGUCCCAGCACCAGCUGAGCCUUCAAAGCUACACAGUUUAGCUGUGACUCCUUCUGCUGACAAAGUGGUGCCAGCGAAAUCAGGGGGUGGAGCCACGUACUUCUGUUAUCAAUGUGGUGAAGAUGGUCAUUUCCAACGUUACUGUCGUAAUGAAGAGAACCUGCGCAAAGUAAACCAGCGACUCAUUAAGAUGACACGGCCAAAGGGAAACUUCACCGGGGCUCAGUAGCGGAACGACCUGAAGCUCCACAAAAGACACGUUCCACAAGAUGCAAAACACUAGAACAGAGAAAAUGUACGCUUCCCUCAGGAUUAGUAGGGCCUACUUCUAUCCUUCCCAUCCAGAUAGAGGGCAUCUACGCUAAAGCGUUGCUGGAUAGUGGGUCACAAAUUACUCUUUUGUACAGAUCCUUUUAUCAGAAGUACUUAAAGCAUCUGCCGUUAACUCCAAUUGAGAAUUUGGAGAUUUGGGGGCUGAGUUCUGAGAGUUACCCAUAUGAUGGUUGUUUGUCUGUAAAGCUUGAGUUUCCGGGAUCUGUGACAGGAGUAAAUGAGACCAUAAGUGCACUUGUGUUGGUGUGUCCUGAUCCCAUCAUGAAGGGUGAAGUGUCUAUACUAGUGGGAACAAACACCUCAGUGGUGAAAAAGCUUGUGGAAGUAUGUAAAGAAAAGGGAGGGGAAAAUUUCCUUAAAACUUUGGCCGUUCAUCCAGUUAUGAAGAAUGCUUAUGAGAAAGUAAUGGUGAUGUCUGAUCAGUCAGCAGACACUGAGCGGGGCACUGUUUGGUUUUCUGGAAAUAAGCCCUUAACGUUGUCCCCUGGUGAGACUGCAAGUGUCACAGGAAUCCCUAAAUAUCCUAAAAUGUCCUCUAGCAGUGCACUCCUUAUAGAUUAUCCUGAAGAGUCUCGGUUUCCAGAGGAACUGCUUGUUAGGCCGGAGAUACAAGCUGCAAGUGCUUUACAGUCAAAAAGAAUCACUGUAACAGUCCGAAAUGUUUCUGUGCACACAGUUACCCUGAAGAGGGGCAUGCCUAUUGCCCAUAUCUUUCCAGUGGAGGUGGUAUCCAGUAACCCUUCCUCUAAGGAGAGCAGUUCUGGAGGUCAGUGGACAACAGAGUCAUUCAAUUUUGGUGAUUCACCAGUCUCUCAAAAGUGGAGGAACAGGUUGACGCAAAAGAUGCUGGAUAGGAGUGAUGUUUUCUCGCGCCAUGAAUUUGACGUGGGAUGU